AGAUGGGAUUUAUAUUUUCAAAAUCCAUGAGUGAAAACAUGAAAAACCAACAGGAGUUUAUGCUUAUGAAUGCUCGACUCCAGAUGCUAGGCUAAUGUCUGGAAGAUUCUAACUCCAUUUGUAACGAGCUAUUACAACAUUUAAAGUUCUCUCUAUAUAGAAGUUAUUGAUUAUUGCUGGGCUUCAAGAUUUACAGAAAUGUAUUUCUGACUGAUACAAUGUAAAGCUGCUACUGCUCUUCCCAUACAAACCUCCUUUCCUCCAACCACCCUAAGCAUGUUAAAAAAAAGAAAGAAAGAAAGAAAAAGAAAAGAAAAGGGGCUCUGUAGACAUAAUUUCUUUUUAGUCUCCUAAGAAAAUAAACUCAUGAGCUGGAAAGGCAGCUAAUGAUGCAGAAUGAAAUGAGAGAAAGACAAAUGGCCUUGCAGAUUGCUUGGUCUCGGGAAUUCCUUAAAUAUUUUGGAACUUUUUUUGGCAUUGCAGCCAUCUCUUUAACAGCUGGAGCAAUAAGAAGGAAGAAGCCAGCCUUCCUCUUCCCUAUUAUUCCAUUAGGCUUCGUCUUCACCUACCAGUAUGACUUAGGAUAUGGAACCCUUCUACAAAGAAUGAAAGAAGUCCUGCCAUCCUCCAUCAUCCAUACGAAAACCUUAAAUACAAUGGUGGAACACAUUCCUAACUUGUCACAGGAGCUGAAGGCAGCACUGUCUGACAGGCAGCCAUCAAUAAGAGAGCUACGACUUGAAAUGGAAAGUUCAAAUCUUAAUUUGGAAGAAUUGAAGAAAGCUGUUCUUAGUGGACAAAAUGAAGCUGAAGACAAACGUAUUUCAGAAUUAGAAAACUCAGGCUUAGAUAAACAUUCCCGAAAAAAGAGACAGCCCUAUGUACACUUAAGUGAUAAGUGUUGUAAUGUAGGUUGUACCAGAAAAGAGCUUGCUGCACUAUGCUGAGAUGAAAGUAUUGUGUAUUUCAUUUAGCAUUUACAUGAUUCUUGAUGACACAUUCAGUGAUUCCUCUGUCAUCCCACUGAUUAUUAAAAUAUGAGAAAUCAUCACUUAAUGUUUGGGCUUUUCAUUUGGU